UAGAGGAUACUACUUGCUGCCAAUUGUCCGCCGACUUGCCAUUGCGUGGUGUCGCCAAGGCACUGCUUAACAUCACUUAUUAAAAAAAGUCCCAAAAUGACUGUGGAAAGUGUCGGAGCCCUCGUCAAAAGGACUUUGCCUCAGAUAGUGGCAGUUCUGGCAGGAACAUUGGCGGCAAUCAGUGAUGGCAUGCAAUACGGUUGGACCGCCCCAGUCAUACCCAUCCUCCUGGGUCCAAAUAGUCCGGUUGAAGUAACACCAGCUCAAACAGAAUGGCUAGAAACCCUGCUGAUGUUAGGUUCCUUCUCCGGAUUAAGCCUAACCAUCUUCUUCGUAGACCGAAUCGGAAGAAAGCGAUCCCUACUACUCUCUUCAUUCGUUACUCUCCUUGUUUGGUUAGUAACAGCCUUGGCACCAAGAGUGGAAUACAUAUUCGCUGCCAGAGCCUUUUCUGGCGCGGCUGGUAAUAUGGCUUUCGUCGCUGCUCCGAUGUACGUAGCAGAGAUAGCCGAUCAGAAGAUCAGAGGAUUCCUUUCCAGCAUAAUCUACUUAAUGAUGCUGAUCGGAGUGUUGAUAAUCUAUUCUGUCGCCCCAUUCGUGCCAUUCUACGCUCACUGCGUAAUUGGCGGAGCCUUGGUGUCCAUAGAGCUGAUAGUGUUCCCCUUCAUGCCAGAAUCUCCGUAUUAUUUGCUGUACAAGAACAAACCGGAGGAAGCUAGGAAAUCUCUGCAGUGGUUUAGGCCAAACCAGAACGUAGAGAAAGAAUUGGAAGAUAUCAAGGCAGCUGUGCAGAGACAGGUCACUGAAAGAGGGAAACCGCAAGACCUUAUUAUGGUUCCCAGUAAUCGCAGGGCCAUCUUGAUCAUGGCCAUCUUGAACUGGGCGCAACAUUUUAGUAGCAUCAGCGUCCUUUUCAUGAACAUGCACGUCAUACUCGAGGCUGCGGGUUCCAUAUACAUGGCCAAUUCCAUCGCGGCUAUUUUAUUUGCCGUUAUUAUGCUCGUAGCUGCAAGCAUUGCUUCAAUAUGCAUAGACAAGUUUGGAAGGAGGACUUUAUUGAUUCUUUCUAGCAUACUUACAGGAUUAUGUCUGUUAGUUAUAGCAAUAUACUUCACCUUGAAAAACAUGGAAUAUAAUGUAGCUGCCAUCAGUUGGAUACCAAUAGUGUCAGUAAUGUUGUACGCUUGUGUGUUCAAGUUGGGAUUAGGUAUGGUGCCUAUAGUUUUAACAGCCGAACUGUUCCCAGCCAAGAUGAAGGCCAUGGGGAUGACUAUAGCUGAUGGCAUGUACGUCACUUCCUCUCUUCUUUCUUUGUUAAUUUAUCAAAAGCUGAAAGACAGUUAUGGCAUGGAGUAUCCAUUCUACAUAUUCUCUAUAUCUUGUUUCUUCGCGGCAUUAUUCACAGCUUUAUUCAUUCCGGAAACUAAGGGUAAAACCUUGGAGGAAAUCCAGUUUAUACUCAAAGGGCAAAAAGCGCCGCGAAAAUCUGUAGAUUCAGCAUAGAUUUGUAAAUGUAUGACAAUGUGUGCAACUAAUAGUGAUCUAAACUUGCAGUAUCCAUGUUUCCAUUUUGUUAAAAAAUUAUUUUUUUACUAUGUA